AUGGUGCGCUUCAAGCACCGCUACGUGCUGUGCGAGGUGGCGGCGGCCGACGCGCGGUGCCGCCUGGCGCUGGAGGAGCGCGCGCUGGGCCAGCAGGUGCGCGACGCGGUGGCCCGGCUGCACGGGGCGUUCGGCGCCGCCGCCUGCGCCGUGGGCUUCGCGGUGCGCUACGUCAACGCCUACACGGGCGUCGUGCUGCUGCGCUGCCGCCGCGACUUCUGCGCGCUGCUCUGCUCCGCGCUGCCCUUCGCGCGCCUGGACGCCCGCGGCCCGGGCCCGCGCCCGCGCCCGCACCCGCACCCGCACCCGCACGCCUUCCUCCGCACCCUGCACGUCGGCGGCACCAUCCGCACCUGCCAGAAGUUCCUGGUCCGGUACAACCGCAGGCAGCUGCUGGUCCUGCUGCGGGGCUGCGCCGACGACGGGCAGCGGGAGGCCAUCAGGAAGUCGGUGAGCAGAAGCUGCCUGCUGCAGGACUCGGCCGACGAGGAGCUUUCCUCCGACAGCGGGGACGAGGACGAGGAGGAGGCCGCCGAAGCCAUGGAGUGA